AUGGCUGAGACCAUCGGUCUUGCGGCGGGCGUCCUCGCACUGGCCACCUUUGCUUUUCAGACGACCAAGGAGCUUCACGAUGCACUCAAAAGUUUCCAGAAUCAGCGCUUGUUUGUGAAAGGAUUUCAAGACGAUCUCGACGCUCUCACCAUCGUUCUAGAGGCGAUUAGUGAGCAGGCUAAAUCAUCGGAGAACAACCAGAGACUUGCACUUCUGAGCAAGCCCCUUGAGGGAUGUCGGACGACUUGCCAAGAUAUGCUAGAGAUGUUGGGUCAGUGCACGAAAGACGCAAAGAAUGACCGGCCCAGCUUUCGCGUGUACACGAAGAUGAAGUAUCAUGAAACCGAAUUCGAUGACUACAAGCUUCGGCUUGGAAGCUACAAGUCGACGCUGGGCCUGCUUCUGAGCAUUGUAAAGAUCUCGGACCAAGCCCUCACCCACGGCCAAUUCGAAUCUUUGAAGCAGAGUAUCGAUGACGCGCGCUGUGAUCUACAAGACCUACUGGAUGACAUCGUCGGUAUCAUCGCCGUAGCUAACUCCUCUGUUCGAGAGGCCCUAGAAUCAGACAGAGAUCUACUCCGAGAAAGUCUCUCCAGCAUAAAAAAAGCGGAGCAAAUUGCGGAGUCCGCUCGCUCAAAAGUCGUCGUCGCAGGCAACAGUGGUGGCGAGAACAGUAAGACACUCUUCGGUGGAAAUGUAGCCACGCAGGGUGUAUACCUGUCGGUGACCGACAACAGAGCUGGAAAGGACGCCAUAAUGGCUGCCGGCAUGCACAGCGACGAGGUUCUUUUGAAGUUGCUCAGUCAUCCCAACGCGCCUGGCAUUAUGCAGAAGGCUCAGAUGCAGCAGAGUCUACCACAGACGAAUGAUCUUGCAGUGCUGCGAGCUCUCGUGGGAGAUUUAGAGACUGGAGAUGGAUCGGAUUUCGUCGAGAGUUUUGGUCCAAAUUGCAAUGCUUCGCCGAUGCGGCUCGUGGGACAAGUGGCUCGGCCUGGAGCUCUUGACCUCGACCUUACAGAUGCUGCUCCAGCUGAAGAUUUGGUCGAGCAACGGAUUUGA